AGUGUGUGACGGCAUGGCAAAUGGCGGAAUCCGUCUGCUACAAAAUUGCACAGUGUUCUAGAAAUUGUUUAGUCUGCAUCACAGUUUCAGCUUGUGUGCUUUAAAUUUCGCACAUUGGACAUAUAUGAGUGCUCCGUGUGAUGUUUACCUGAUAUGAUUGAACCAUACAGCUCACGAGCCGUGAGCAGGAGCUUCCCUUCGGAAGAGUUGGCCAAGUUUGUCACCGGUUUCAGAAUUACCAGAGAUGCUAGCAAGAUUGUUCUCGCGUCGGUGUCAAAUGACGCGGUGUUUCUGGACGAGCGCAGAAGAAGAUGCUAAUCCCGGCCCCAUAACCGAAGAGGAGCGUCGCCAGAGAACAGAGGAAUACAGAAAGCUAUUUCGAGACAUAGACUCGUCUGUUCGUUCAGAUCGUCUGUCGGAUAAUGAAAGAAAAGUUCACGAGGCACAUAAACUUGCUGUUCAGAGAGGGGAGAAAACAUACACUGAUCCCAUGACUGGCUAUACUGUCUUUUCUGGACUUCAUCAUUACCUGCGUGGAGUUUGCUGUGGCUGUGGAUGCCGUCAUGUCUGGUCUGGUACAGUCACCUUUAUGCCUCCAUUGCAUGCCCUUAUCAGCACAUAAACGCCAAAGAUGAAGUCAAAGAUAAGAUGAAGUUCAAUUCUGCUUUUUACGUGCCGAAAAUCUAAGCAACUUUUCAAAUAAAA